UGAAUAAAGCAGGGACCCAGCUCCCGCACCCAGGCCGCCCGGAGGCUGGACGCUGCGCGCGCUUCUCUAGGAACGCCUGCCCCGAGGGCUGCUCCGACCGGACACAAUGAACCCUGCGUGCCCCCUCGGGCUGUGGCUUCUGCCUUUGCUCCUGAUGGGGACGGUGCUGGGCGCUGCGGCUCAGGUGCUGCCAGGGAACAACGCGGAGACCUGCCUCCUGCCCCCGGACGAAGGGCCCUGCCGAGCCCGCAUCCCCAGUUACUACUACGACAGGUACACGCAGAGCUGCCGCCAGUUCAUGUACGGGGGCUGCGAGGGCAACGCCAACAACUUCGAAACCUGGGCAGCUUGUGAUGAAGCUUGCUGGAGGAUAGAGAAAGUCCCCAAAAUUUGCCGGCUGGAAGUCACUGAGGGGCAGUGUGAGGAGUCCAGAGAAGAGUAUUUCUUCAAUCUAAGUUCCAUGACAUGUGAAAAAUUCGUAUCUGGCAGGUGCCACAGCAAUGAAAACCGGUUCCCAGAUGAAGCUACUUGUAUGGGCUUCUGUGUGCCAAGGAGAAGUCCAUCAUUUUGCUACAGUCCAAAAGAUGAGGGACUAUGCUCUGCUAAUAUGACUCGCUAUUAUUUUAAUCCAAGACACAAAGCCUGUGAGGCCUUCACCUAUACUGGCUGUGGAGGGAAUAACAAUAACUUUGUUAACAUGAAGGCCUGCAAACAAGUUUGUAUAAAAGCCUUGAAGAAGGGAAAGAAGAAGGUGCCAAAGCUUCUUGACAGGAAAAAGCUGAAUAUGCAGAAGAAGAAAUUUUAACCUUUUUUUUUUAAUCUAUGUCAUCUUGUGAAUGCUAUUGCCUUAAUGGUUAUAUCUGAAGAGUAACAUGGUAACAUGAGUAUAUGAAUCAUCAGUGAAUUUAUUCACCAGUUUUUACUGGGAUGAGUUACUUUUUUUAUUUGUGUGUUUUUUAUACAUAACUAGCUGCUACUCAAAUGUGAAUCUGUUAUUUUUAAUUUCCUGCUCAACUACUUCUUAUGAGAUUGAAUUCUUGCUGCGCAUCAGAUAUGAAAGCAAAUACGACUCACCCAGUCCUUGGGAUUGCUCUUCCUGAUUUCAGAAGAUGCUAGUAACUGAAAAGCAAAAGACAAUAUAAUCAUGUUCUUUUAAUACAUAUAAUCAUUAAAAGGACCAGCAAAUAUGUUUCACUUUGCAUUUAAAAGUUGGGUUAUAUUUUAUGCCCAUGGAGACAAACUUGCAGUUUCACUAACAUUUUAAAAAAUACAAGUGCUAUUAUGUUAAACAAGGUUAACUUACCAUUUCUAUUAUGUCAUUUAAAAGAUAAUAAAAUAAUUCUUGGACUGAAUUAAAAAACUAGUAAAUUUAUUAAAAUAAGAAAUGUUCUCCAAGGGGAAUACAAUUUUUCUAUUAUUUAUUCAUCCAUCCCACUACAUGUUUGUGUUUCUGUAGAAAUAUAGAUACAUGGCAUACGUGGCUUGUAAUAGUUUUCCUUGUGUUACAUUAUUACCUAAGACAUCAUGGAUUGGAGGCCACUAAAGCUGUUAAGAUUUUUGAAUUGUUCAAGGUGUUUAUUUAUAUUACACCAGAGACCAUGCAUGAAUUUAAUAAUUUAAGUUCCACUAAUAAAUUAUUCUUGAUAAAUAUGAUCAUUUUAGUUAAAUAGUAUUUUUCUGUGUAUUAAAAAUUAAAUAUUUUUAAAAACCCUAUAUUUUCUUGGCAAGAUUUAUAUGUUCAAAAUAUGCCCUUGAUCUAGUAAUAUUAUAAAUGUAUUUGCACCUUGCUUGAGCAAUCCCUCUUUUAAAAAUCUAUCCCAAAGAUGUAACAACAGUACAAAAUAAUAAUGCCUGAGGACAUUCACUGAUGCAUAAUUUGGAAUAACUGAGAACUCAAAACAAAUCACAUGCUCAUCAAUAGGGGAUUGGUUGAAGAAAUUAUGGAUGAAAAUGAACAAAACAUGUAUAUAUGGAUAUCACCCAAUCCUCAGAAUACAUUAAAGACAAACAAACCAAGAUCUAAAACCCUGUAAAUAAACACACACAAAUACACACAAAUCACAGAAGAUAUAGGGCAUUAAAACUGGUUA